UCCCCCAUGACAUCUCGGACACAAAAGCGUGUGAAGGAAUGUCGCAUUUUCCCGGUGGUUUGCCUCCAGCGCGUGGGUGGUGCAUGCGCUGAGGGAAUAUCCGUGUAGAGGGUGUGUGGUCUAGAUCAAUAACUGUCGGACUGUAGCCAACUGUAAAAAAUCUAAACACAUUCGGGGCAGCGGAGGGAGAACACUGAUCUAUGCUGGACUGAUUUUAAACUGUGGAGGUGAAAUACGACAUUUGAUGCUCACCGCUCAGCUCGGACGCACUGGAGAGCUGCAGAAGGAAUUUACUUGGCAACAUAUUGGUCGUGGAUAGAUCAUCUGAAAGACUGAGUCCUGGAAUGACUGUCUGUAUUUUGUUUUAGCCAAGACAUCGAUGUAGUUACAGUGGACUUUCUCUUAUGAUUUUUUAAGGAAUAACAAAGAUCCAUUUACUCGGAGAUUAUUUGUCCWAGUGAUAGCCUAUAUAGCUAAAGGACGUGUAAUGAAGGACUUCUUCACAUUUACGAAAUUAUCUCUGAGGGAAAAGAGGUGUCUUGCAUUUUUGAGGUUCUCCAAUUUUCAGUAUUGGGGCUACCUUACAUAACUGGGCUUUGUGUGUGUGUGAGACUGAUAAACGGUCUGUUGAACUGCGCUGCUACUUCACCAAAUACGUUCAAGGGACGAGACCAGCCCAGAUCUGGAGGAGUGAUUCUAGAAGAUUCUGUUGGAUUCUCCUCGCUAUGAUCACUGAGGAUCUGGACUACCACUAGCUCUGAUCAGACAGGAUGAAUGACAGACGGAGACCGGGAGGAGGAGUGCACACAGUGGAGGCAGACGUAAUCUUCCACCAUGCCGUCUGCUCGGACCUCCUCUCCUCCCCCUCGGAUGAGGAUGGGGGUGUCUGUCCCCUCCCACGGAAGCAGGAGGGGAACACCAAUGCUCCAGACCUGGGAUUCAUACUGGACGACCAGGGAUUCUGUCGACAGAGCACACCAGUUACAAAGGAGUACUUGUUGGAUGGCGGUACGGUGAUUGGGCAUCAUCACUUUGACCGUCCACAGGGUGAUGGAUCACACAUCUCAAAAACAGAUCAGCUUCACAUUACUGAUCCUUCUCAUCAAGCACAUACAUCUCACAUACCCAAGCUUGAUGCUGGUAYAGACCAGAACUGUACUCAUGGCAGAAACGGUAUCAGUGAGGAUAUGAAUGGGGCGAGGGCCAAAGUGCCCUGCAGUGUGGGUCCCUCUCUGUACUUCAAGGGAGAGGCCAGAGAGGAAGCGGAAGGGUCUCUGUCCCUCUACAGAGAGAGCAUAGUGGGGAGUCAGUGUCACAUCACAAACGUCACCGCCUCCCCGGAGCAGGGGACCUCCGCGCCUGACACUCAUUGUAUCACCGCGGACAACCAGCCAACCAUACAAGAGCUGGAGCGCUUGUUUAGCCACAGCUCUGGCACAGAAUAUGACACAUUGUAUGGACAGUCAGGGCUUGAGUCGAACCAAGGACACAGGGGCAGUAGUGGCCAUGGUGGCGUCAGUAACACAACGCCUAAAGAGGAGCCGGAUUUAGUGAUUGAAGUCGGUGGCCAGAAAAUCAGUGUUCACAAGUCUGUUCUGGCAGAGAAGAGUGACUAUUUCAAGGCUCGUCAGUCGAGAGACAUCCUGAAAGUGAAAGGGCUGAAGUACAAGACCCUGACCAUCCUGAUAGACUAUAUCUACACCUCUCAGAUGAAUGUGCACAAGGACAAUGUGGUAGAGGUGAUCACAGGAGCUAAGAUCUUACAGAUCCCAUGUGCCCUCCAGGCUGCUAUGGAUACCAUCUCAGAGCAGGUCACAGCAGAGAACUGCUACGAGAUUCUAACUAUCGCCAAGAAGCAACGACUCAACGAACUGAAGGAGACGGCCUAUCGCUUCAUGAGUGACAAUUUCCUCCAGAUCCUGCGGGACCAAACGGUGUAUGGACAUCUGACUGGGUCGGAGAGGGAUCUGGUCCUGAAGAAGAGAAUGGAGGGGAAGAGGUCCCUGAUGGUCGCUGAGAUCAACGAUGUGUUCGACCMCGUCGGGAGCCGACCUCAGAGUCGGUGUAACAGUCGACCGCAGAGCCCUCUGUCRGUGGCAUCCUUCGAGGAGAACCACAUGAUUUACUACUUCAACGAGGCAGCCAAUGACUGGAGACCUCUGACUCUGAUGCCGGAGGACAUUAACACUAAGGGCUGUGGGAUCUGCACCUUGUACAACUACCUGUUUGUGGCCGGUGGGAUAAAGGGAUAUGGGGAUAAGGGCAAGGUCUCAGACAAGGUGUUCUGUUACAACCCCAUCACUAACCGCUGGAGCGAGGUUCGGCCGCUCAACCAGGCUCGGUCGCAGCUCAAGCUAGUGUCUAUGGAGGGUAACUUGUACGCCAUAGGAGGGGAGUGUUUGUUCACAGUGGAAAAGUAUGAUCCUCGGACUGACAGAUGGACCACAGUGGCUCCCUUACCCAAAGGGGCGUUUGCAGUGGCCCAUGAAGCUACCACAUGUAACGGAGAGCUCUAUGUUUCUGGAGGGUCUCUGUUCUACCGUCUCCUAAAAUACGACCCCAAGAGGGACGAGUGGCAGGAGUGCCCCUACAACAACAGCAGGAAGAAGUCAACCGACAUGGUGGCUCUGAAAAGCUUCAUCUACAGGUUUGACGUGAACCGCGACCAGGGGGUCAAUGUGUUCAGGUAUAACACUAUAGUGAAAAUGUGGCACGACUGUGUGUCACAGCGACAGGGCAGCCCUUUGCCGUUCCGGUGUGUCGUCAUCGGAAAUUGCAUCUAUUGUGUGAACAAGACUCAGAUUCUGCAGUUUGUAGUGGAGGAGGACGGCUCUUACUUUGUAGAGGAACCUCUGAGGCCACCACUGGAAGCUAAGGGCAUACUGUUCCCUUUCAUCCUCAGUCUGCCUGACAAGACUCAUGUGAUAUGACCGUGUACCAAUGACGCUACAUUACAGAAGCCCGUCAAUAGAAUAUAGUGGACCUUUAAAAUAUAGUGAAAAUGUUUCAAUGUCAGCUUUACUUCCCCUCCCUGUCCACCCUGUCCAGUUUACCUGCUCGUAAUGGAAUGUGUUGUCUUUGCAUGGUCAGUGACAGUAUCUACAGGACAAGCCUUAACAAGGAUGACUUUAACAUGGUGAAUGAGUGCAACCAGAAAUGCAUCUGACUGUAAAUAAUGAGAUAAUGACAGGUGCAGAUGUUUUUUGGUGUAUUCCCCUGUGUUCAGUUUGUAUUGUGCAUUUUUGUUUUAGCAGAUAGUUAGAAUAGAUAUUGUUUUUAAUUCUGUUGGCUGGCUGGUCGCUUUUAGACAAAAAUCUCCCAUCAGAGGUGGAAUUGUCUGAGUGCAGGGGCAGUUAAAGUAUGUUCUGACAGAACUUGCCAGCUAUGUCAAUCUAAAUGAAACAAGCAAACACAUAAGCAGCUUCAUCUGGUACAGUACAAGGCCUGCUACUGUGGUGAUGUAUGCUCUGUAACAUGGCUCUAUGAAGAAACGGUGGGGAGGGGAAAUAACAUUCACACAGCACCAAGGCCCGAUAUCAGAACUGCCUUUGACAUUACUUCACAAGGCCAUUGAACAGAAGGAGGAAAUUAGCCACAUACUGUAUAUAUUCUACAAUAAUGCUAUUCUACCAUUAUAGAUUAUCAAGGGAUAAUGUUGAAGAGCACAAUGCACUUAUUAGUGAAUUAGGUUCAAAACCAGUACCCACCUGUUCAUUCAGAACUGUUCAUUUAGAACCAGUACCCACCUGUUCAUUCAGAACCAGUACCCACCUGUUCAUUCAGAACCAGUACCCACCUAUUCAUUCAGAACCA